AUGGAACCGAAUAGUUUUUUGUGUGUCAUUUGUAAAAAGUUUACAACUGCUUUCAAUUAUGGAAUUGUUUGCUGUAAUUCUUGUAAAGCAUUCUUCCGAAGAUCCCAAACUGCAAAAAAAUUUCCGACGAGAUGCACCUGCAACAAGAACUGCUCAAAUUGCCGAUAUUGUCGAUACCAACUCUGCAUCAAAGCAGGAAUGAAUUGGAGAACUCUGAGUCAAUGUGAUAACCAAAUGGAUACCAUUAUUCAAAAUUUGAUUAAUUUGGAUUCUCAUCGACAAGACAGAUUCAUCAAUUUUACCACUGAUUGGAACUUGAGUCUUGACGAGCUAAUACUCGCCGAUUCAGUGAAAUACGAGCAGCAAUCUAUUGACUUCCAGCCUGAUCAUACUCACUGGUCAACCGUUAGCCACAUCACUUCAAUAGAUUUCAUGAAGCGUUUGGAUUUUGUCAAGAAGAUGCCAUCCGCCGAUUUGAAUAGCUUGAUAAAAUCAAAUCACAUGCAAAUUUUCUUUCUGUGUAACGCUAUGCGCUCAUACUAUGACAAUAAGGGAUACUUUUGCUAUCCAGGAGGAAUCGAUUUUCUUCCUGCUUCGUUAGCAUCUCUAUUCCCGGAAAAUCCUAAAAUGUUGAAUAAACACAAUUGCUCCUUGAUCGGUAAGUUGGCCGAAGUUCGAAUUACCACCGAGGAAUUUCUUCUGCUCAGUGCUAUCCUUAUUUGUAACACAGCCUCUUCAAAACUAACCGUCCCAAGUCUCAAUCUUGUUUCUCAGUAUCAAAGAAUGUAUUCAUCUACUCUCCUACAAUACUGUCUGAACACUUAUCAACAUUAUGGACCAUCCAGAUUUACUGAUCUGCUAUCAAUCAGUCAUAUCAUUAACGGAACUUUAGAAAGCUCGUGUCAAAUAGUUUUUACGUUAAGGUACUAUGAACCAAAACCUCAGAUCAAACAGUUGUUCAUUGAUAUCAUGAAUUCUAUGGACGAAUUGCCGUUUUAA